AUGACUUGGAUCCUGCUUCUGCUGCUGCCCGCAGCAUACCUGCAAACUGGGAACUCAGCAGGAUCCAACAGAGAAAGAUCCUUUGGUGUCAACCAAUCAGCACUCCUCUCUGGUGUCCAGGGCGGCUCCAUCGAGAUCCCCUUCUCCUUCUACUUCCCCUGGGAGUUGGCACCCGAUCCACAGAUGAGGAUUCUCUGGAGAUGGCAGCAGUUCCAUGGGGAAUUUAUCUACAACUCUUCCUCGGGUUUCAUCCAUGAGCAUUUCAAGGACAGGCUCAUCCUGAACUGGACACAGUCUCAGACAUCCGGAGCCCUCAGAAUCCUGGACUUGGAGGAGAAGGAUCAGAGCAUAUACUUCUGCCGAGUUUAUCUGAACACGAAACAUGGCAUAGAGCAGUGGCAGUCAAUUGGUUGGACCCAACUCACCGUCACCCCUAGGAAGCACAUCCCAGCCCCCAGGACCAUGGCUCCAAGUCCCACCCCUGCCACUUCUGCACACACCAAAAACACCCUCACAGCCACAGAAGGUCAGAUGAGCGUAGAAAAUCAGACCCUGCAUCUGGGAACCAGUGUUGCAUUGGCGGUGGCUGCCGCUGUACUCCUGGCUGGGGUUUUGGGAUUGAUGGCGUUCCUCAGGUGGAAGAGAAGGAAAGGGCAGAUCCCUGAUGGCCUGUUCUUGAGUCCAGAGUCAGGCUCUGGGGCUUCUGCUUAG